CCAAGUAACGAAGCUCCUCCCUUCCUCUCCCCUCUCUCAUAAAUAAUAAUAUUACCCUAAUUCUCUCCUCCCCUGCUCCUUUGAACUUCCUUCUUCCCUCUGUCUUAAGAGAGAGAGAGAGAGCUAUAUAAUUACUAAUUAAUAUUAACGAUCGAUCGAGGAGGAGCUGAGUUGCCAUGGAUGACGGCGGAGCUGAUCAUGCGGUGAUGAGGAGGGCGGAGAUAGACACGAGGGCGCCGUUCCGGUCGGUGAAGGAGGCUAUUUUGUUGUUCGGAGAGAGAGUUCUCGCCGGGGAGGUCUACUCCACCAAGCUCAAAGAGAUGCAGGAAGGGAAUGGAUAUGAUGGGUAUGGCGAAAACAAGCUUGGGACGGUGACGGCAGAGCUAGAGGAGACAAAGCAGAGCCUGGAGAGGGAAAGAGAAGAGAGCUUGCUAAUGGCGACGUGCCUCUCUUCUCUUCAAGAUGAGCUGGAAAGGACAAAGCUUGAGCUCCGGCAGCUCAAGGAAAAGGAGCUAGAAAAACCGGCAAUGGAGAGAGAGAUAGACAUCGAGGAUCUCAAGUUCCAUGUGGAAGACGACGACAAAGCCGCCUUUAAUGGCAAGCCAGGGAGAGCGGCGACCUGCAGCAACGAGUUACAGAAGAAGAGAUAUGUUAGUUUUGCGAAUCCUCCAAUAUCGCUGGCUAAAGUCGUGGUACCACAGCCACAGGGAGAUGCGGAGCUGGAGAGGAACCCUUCUCUGAGACAGCAGCAACAGAAGAAGGAGAAGGAGAAGAAGAUGAAGAAGCCAUUGAUGAUCCCACUGAUGGUGGGUGCGAUUUUCUCCAGGAAGAAACGGAGCUCUGACGUGGCACCACCACAAGCCUGAAAGUGAUGAUUGAGUUGGGAAGGAAGGAAGGAAGGAAAUUACGUUUUGCUUUAAAUAUUAAUAAUUAGCUGUUAAUUUACAUUUCGUGAAAAUCUUAUAUAAUUAAUUAAUAAUGGCCCAAGGUGGGCGGAGAGGCUCUUUUGUUUAGUGACUGAUAUAUAUAAUGUUUUGGGCUUUAAUUAAUGCCUCUCACAUAAUCUAAUUAAUCAGCUCUGUUUAUGAAGAGAUUAUGAAAACCCACUUGUUUUCUUCU